UUGUGACCAUCACCUGGUAAACAUAUUCAGUACACAUACUGCCUAGUAUCAUAAAAUGGGCAAAGAAAAUGACUCCGACAAUCCAAAGAAGAGAAGAAAAUCAGUCAGUGGUAAUUCUGGGAUAUCUGUUAAGGAUGGAGACAUGUAUAAAGUUAUAAUCAGCUUCGAGGAGAAAGAAGCUACCGAGAGAUUACCAGAAAAUGAUUCCGAAAGCUUUCUAUCCACCUGCGACAGUAUACGCAAGGCUAUGAAUAAAAUAGCGAAACUGAAAGGCAAUGGAGAUGCAAGCGCUAAAGACGAAAUACGCGAGCUGCAAAUUCAGACAUCGUUGGCGUUUAUCGAACUUAAGAAAUUGAAUAGAAUGGAAAAGUUUCGGACGAAGUUCGCGAGGGAUUCUCUUAUAUCGUCAAAAAGCACCGUCGAUAGCAGACAUCUACAUUUACAGAAUUUAUUAUACGAAGUGAUGCACUUGAAAAAGGAAGUUAUCAAAUGUCUUCAAUUUAAAUCCAAAGACGAAUUGAUACAACUUGUGUCUGAAGAAGAAUUUUAUAAGCACGCACCCGAAAGUAUUUCUAGACCGGAAAUAACGAAACAUAACCCUCAUCAACUGAGACUAGCUCAAUUAGAAUGGGAACUAACACAAAGAAAACAACUGGCUGUCUUGUGCGACGAAUUGACAGGAAGUAAAAAGGCGGUAGCGUCGAGCAUAGAGUUGAAGCAAUCACGAUUGGACAACCUUGCACCGCAACUGUACUCUAUAUUAGAAACAAGUAAACAGCUACAAGAAAGUCUUGGUUUGCCGUUAGAAAAGAUUAGGCAGGAGCACCACAAAGCGACGUUGCUAGCAUCGCCGUUGUAUGUUCUUUACGCGAAAGCAUGCGCGUACAGAGAUGCUUAUGACAACACUAUAACGGUAAAAGUGGAAGGCGACGAGGAAGAAGCGAAACGCGCGAACAACCAAGACGGAUUGCAAGAAUCCGAUUCAGACCCUGAAAAUUUAUCCGAGAACGUCAUAGAAGAAGCUCCUGUUCACAAAAAGAGGCAUCAUAGAUUAUCCAGGGAAGCUAGACAAGAAGAAAAGAAGUCGAAGCUGCUACAGAAGCAUCCCUUGAACGUGAAAAUAGUUAUCAAAAUAAAAAAUGAAACAAAGUUGACAUUGCAGUUUUAUUAUAUAAUGUUUCUGAAGGUGGUCACGGUGGAAUCGAGGUUGAAAACUGAAGGUGUCGGAGGCAGCAGCACUGGAGAUAUGCUUGUAUCAGAAUCGAUUCUACGGGAACUGUAUCCAAGAGAUCUGGGAAUGGAGAGUCCGAACCCUGCCAAUCACUAUCAAUUAAGUCGGCACAAUCUGGGCCAAUUUUCAUCGCUUGGAUUAGGAAUCCCGUACAAAUGGGCGCAAAGAAUGGCUGGCAUUCACUUCAUCUCGCCUGAUAUUCGGGAACAAAAGAUCACGAGUAGCGAAACAACGCAAGACAGCGUCGAGAGUGUGCUAAGAGAGAUCAAGAGACGCGUGAAAGCAAGAUUGAAACUAUGCACGGAGAUCCAGCAGUUGGAGUCUGGGAACUUGCCGAUUUUCACCAGCACGAACGAUCCCCUACCGCAGAAGCUCAAUACAGUUUUACUAAAGUUCACGACGAUAUCGUGGACCAAUUAUUCCACGUCCGCCAAUCCUACUUUUCAACAGCAAGGGAUAGUGUCCCCGUUGGACAUAUUUUACGAAGCUACGCUUAGACGAGAAAGCUAUGAGUUGAUCGCAAGGAUAGCUAUCAAGCCGGAUUAUCCAAAAAUAACGCCAGUGUUCAACGUGAGCGCCAUGGCGCCUGCGUCUGCAGAUAUCCUGAGGGAUAUCGAGAGGGAGGUGAACGUCAUGUGGAUAAAACCUCCGACGUUGUCCGCGCAACUCCAACGAUUAAGAGCUUGCUUCGACGUUUAUUUGGAAACGGAAGGUCUGGUACAGAAGGAAAAGAUUUUCUUUUAUCCUGUCAAGGGUCGUACUCGCGCCAGACCUUACAAGUAUUUGGAAUUAGGUGGUGGAAUCUUUAUUCAUCGAUAAUAAUGUUAAAUAAUAUACGAAUCCAUUCGCGUGAAAUACUUUAUUAAUAUUUUCUAUAUGACUUAUAACUAGACUGCGGAUUUUAUCCAUUUACGUACACUGAUAUUGAAAACGUACAAAAAUAUACAUAGUGUACGUAGAAUGCAUUUUAUUAAUUAAUGUAACGAUAUUAAUAAUUGCCUCGCAAACGCAUGAAAUCCGCAGUCUACUUAUAACCUACUUAAAUUAAAGCUGUAACGACUGAACACGUCGUUGGUACUCCAGACAGCAUCACGAGAUACCCUCGUAACUUGUAUCUUAAUCUUUUGUUCUCUAAGCACAGUUUCUUAUGCGUCCUUUUUAAUAAAAUGUUGUUCGCU